AUGGCUGAAUUUGGUGCCAACACAGCCAGCCCUGUCAUCACUAUGCCAGAUGGGGCUGGGUUUGGGUAUGAUCUCGGCCUGGCCGCGGGUCUGGGUGAAUGUGGAGCCCCUCAGGCGCGGGGGCGCGGCCCCUUUAAGAGCAGCCGCUGCGGGCGGGGCGCAUGCGCACAGGGGCGGUGACGCUGCGCGGGCCCGCGCGUGCCRGGGAGCCAAGAUGGCGGCGGCCUGAGGGGAGCCAUGGCGGGGCUGGUGCGGCGGCUGCUCCGCAGGGGCCUGGCCGUGGUGGCCGAGCCGCCGAGCACCCGCCAGCUGCGGGAGGCCGAGGAGGCCGCCCCGGUGUUCCAGUAUGCGGGGAAGGCGGCCGGGCGCAAGGACCGCGUGUUCGUGUGGGGUUUCAGCUACUCGGGUGCUCUGGGCGUCCCCAGCUUUGUGAGGCCGGACGCGGGCUGGAAGAAACCGCGGCGCAUCCAACCCACGCCGUACCGCCUGGAGACGGAGGAGAAGAUAUCAUCUGCUGCUUGCGGUUAUGGAUUCACACUGCUGGCUUCUAAUACCAGAGACAUCACCAAAGUGUGGGGAAUGGGGCUCAACAAGGAUUCCCAGCUUGGAUUCCAAAGAAGCAGAAGAGAUCAAACYAAGGGCUAUGAAUAUGUCUUGGAACCAUCUCCAAUUCCAUUACCACUGGACAAGCCGCAGCAAACUAGAGUCUUGCAAGUGUCCUGUGGGAGAGCUCAUUCCCUGAUCCUGACAGAUAGUGAAGGAGUUUUCACAAUGGGAAACAAUUCUUAUGGACAGUGUGGCCGGAAGGUUGUUGAAGAUGAAAUUUACAGUGAAAGCCAUCUCAUUCAUCAGCUGAAGGAAUUUGACAGCAGAGUUGUCCAGGUUGUGUGUGGGCAGGACCACAGUCUGUUCAGAACCGAGAAAGGUACCGUCUAUGCAUGUGGAUGGGGAGCUGAUGGWCAAACAGGUCUUGGACACUACAACAUCACCAGUGUUCCUACUAAGCURCAUGGUGACAUUGCUGGAGUAAACAUUAUCCAGGUCUCUUCCUAUGGGGACUGUUGUCUGGCUGUUUCAGAUGAAGGAGAUGUSUUUGGUUGGGGAAAUUCAGAAUACUUGCAGUUGGCAUCUGUCACAGAAACCACACAGGUGAAUGUUCCCAGGCAUUUGCCAUUCAAGAUUGGAAAAGUAAAGGAGGCUGCCUGUGGAGGGACUGGCAAUGUUGUUCUAACAGAAGAAGGAAAUGUUUUUGUCUGGGGAUACGGAAUUCUUGGGAAAGGACCAAACCUAAUAGAGACAGCAGUGCCAGAGAUGAUCCCACCCAGACUUUUUGGCUGGUCAGACUUCAGUCCGGAUAUCCGUGUUGCUCAUGUUCGCUGUGGACUCAGCCAAUUUGCAGCACUUACGAACAGAGGAGAACUGUUUGUAUGGGGGAAGAAUCUAAGAGGGUGCCUGGGAACUGGAAGAAUGGAAGACCAGUAUUUCCCAUGGAGAGUAACUGUACCCGGUGAAGUGGUGGAUGUAGCAUGUGGAGUUGAUCAUAUGGUAAGCAUGGUCAAGUCUUUUACUUAGGAAGCAAGUAAAAGUAAAGGGCUGCUGGCCCUGAKCAUUGUACCAGGGCGAUGCAGGGACUUGCUGACAAGCUUCUUGGAAAGGAAGACUCAUUCUAUGAAACCAAAUGACUGUGAGCAGAGACAGCCAUAGCAGUGUCUGGAUGUGUUGUCCUCUCUGCAUCAUUGAAAUGCUCUGGCCUGGCUGCAGGAAGGAAGAACAUUCCCCGAGGAGUGUGGAAAUGCAAGGACUGCUCCAGCUUGUUUGUGAUGAGCUCCCAGAGAAUCAGAGGCCCAGCCCCAAGCCGGUGAGCUGCUCUAUGCCUGAAAAUGAAGAGCAUUUCCCUCAAGGAAGACUGGCAUGGGAUGAAAUCUGCAGCACGGGACACUGAUAUAUGGACAUUUCCUGUCAUCAGCUCUGGAGUGUCAGUGUUGGGCAGAGCCAAACUUUUGCUCAAGGGAAAAGGUGGGGGUUAUUUUGUGCWACUUUUUUAUGUGGAAUAGAGGUCAUGCUGGCUGUUGAAGCCCAGCACAGCUGUCUUGGGUGGCUGCUCCCAGCUGCACUGUGCCCAGGCUGUUUUCCUGURUAGAAACAGGAUGCACAGGGGCAUGCACAGCCCUGGCCUGGAGGCAGUGAUGUGUCUGUGGGCUGUURAAGGCUUUCUGUGUUAAUGCUAAAGACAGUAUGGCCAGAGGAACACAUUCGAAGAGUGAGAACAUAUUUGCAGGGCUAAGUACUAUUAGAUAAGACAGCAGGCUCUCUGUGCUGCAGAAGGACAGAUGAAUGGUGACAGAAGCCCAUCUAUCAGGGAGGCUGGAAACAAAGCCCYUGAUCAGCUACCAGCAAAAUCAGUGCUUAGGCAUGGAUAUAGGCAGUACUCACUGCCCCUCAGGUAUCUUUGUUUCCUUGUGUUGAUCACACAUCAGUGCCUUUGAUUUUUUUGGGGAUUCCCUACACUCGUUCUAUUUUCAGAGGUAAGGUGGCUCUCAGUUGCAAUUAGCUCGGCUUUUCAGGAUUGCCUAGCAGGGAAGGGAAUCUKAAUGGGUAAGAAGAAGAGCUUCAUUCUUUGGUACCUUCUUAACAGUCAGCUGAUAGAGAUGGGCUGCAACAGCUCUGUGUAUCUGUAGCAGGUACUUACCCAAUCUCACACCCAGGUGUGGGAAACUGUCUCCUGUGAAGCACACCAAAUAUCAAGUAGAAUUGUGUUUUUUCUCUCCAUGUGAUACUUCUACUAUGCAAACUACUGUCGUGAAAUCCGAGCUAGUAGAUUUCCACUAAAGUGAUUAUAAAAUCUUUAUCAUUAGUAACAGAAAUAUUCUUGAGCAUGAUCUUUUGUGCAUUGAUUGGUUCUGCAUUUAAGCUGCACCAUUUUGGUUCACAAUUAUGUGACAGGAAACCACUUCUGUCAGCUGAGCCACCUCCAUACCUGCAGGACUGAUAGUGUUGUAGUCAGGCAUUGCAGCCAUGGCCUAGGGUACACCACGUACAUUUUGGCUUCAUUAGAUGCAAUUCUAUGGCAAAACGUGGUGUGUAAACUUUACCUUGAUUAAGUAAGUUUUGAAGGGCUUUGCAUAAAAUAUAGGAAAAUUGAACCAAAGUACAUAGAUAUAGAGACACAUGUCUGAGUUGUUAUUGACAUUCCUGUGUAACAGGUGUUGCUGAGUGAGUUGAGGCAGAACAGAAAGCAGUCUGUGAAACUGGCAGUCCUUCACUGCUCUGAACUCSCAUUUGGUUGGCUUUAAUUUAUACCUGAUUCUACAUGUGACUUGGGCAACUUGUGAUGUGCAAGCAAUGUCUUGUUGGCCUCAUGGGAGCUGCCAUGCCCUUUCAACUUGAGGAGGCUUAUUAAACCAUUGAAAACAACACAAAAACUCUGAUAAAAAGGUGUCACAAACAAUGCCCUUCAUGGAUGUUGCUGUUGAGGUGGACUGGGCUCUCAGCUGCUCAUUACCAUUCCCUGUUUCCCAUUCCCAGCAUUGGGAAACAGCUGUGUUUUCUGAAGAACUGGGUUGAGUUCUUUGUGUUGCAUUCUUGCUGUACAAUAAAUUGCAAAGUCUAUGAGUUAAUAAGAUGCCAGUGAGGUCUUUAGUCCUAAAUAGAAGAGUUAUAUGGCUUAAUGCAGUGGGGGUGUUUGUGCCUUCAUUACUGUGGCUGCCAUAGCAUUCUCAGACAUAACUUGUUGGGAACAAGGUUAGUGGCAGUGAAGGCAGUCUGGCAAGCACCAGCACUUACACAUGUUUUGGUUACAGUGUGGGGGAAGCAUUUUGACCUUGGGCAGGUGCCCCCCAACCUGCUCUGUCAUCCCUCUGCCAUCAGCAGGGCAGGGAGAGAGAAUCUGAAAGAAAGCAUAUGGGUUGGAACAGGRACAGGGUAACAUCUGUUACCAUCACAGGCACAGGAGACUCAUGUUAGGGAAAUCAUUGUCAAACACAGGAGAGUAAUGAGGAAUUAGUACAUCUAAAUAGAAGUCUGACAGUGCUUUUCCCACACCUCUCCCUUCUUUCCAGGCUCAAACCUACUCCUGACUUUUCUGCCUCCUUUGUUUCCUCUGCUGACCUUUGUAUCUACAUGGUUAUCUCUCACAGAUUCUUACUCCUUUCUUUUGGAUGCUGCUGUGCAGCAAUUCUUCCCCUUUCUAAAAUACAGUUCUUCCAGAGCUGCUGCUGCUGCUGUUGCUGAUGGGCUCAGUCUUGGCUCAGAAAAUGAAAAUCUCCUCCUCCCCACCAUACCCCUUGCCUGUUGAAAGCAGAUCCAACCUGUGUGGCUURUGCUCCAGCAGGAAGAGGGCCAUACAGGAGCCCAGCCAUGCUCGGGUAACUUUGUGAACUGCAAAGCAACUUAGCAUCAUUUUGUCCUUCAAAGUAUGGCAGAGUAGACAGCCCAAAAUAUAUCAGCAUCCCUAAAUAUACCUGCAGCGAGAGAGUGUAUGGGCCAAAGAUGUACAGGGGGAGGAGCUCAGAUUAGAACUAGAAUAACCUACUUGAUUUGGCAUUGAUUACACAAGUGAUUUGCCUUCAGAACAGCACUGCGCCAGCAUGAUUGGCUUAAAAUAGCCCAAAAGGGCUUCAGGACAGUUCCCUGGUGCAGAGCCCUGUGCAUUUACAGUUCCAAGGACUGCAGUGGUUGAGCAAGCUUGCCACAGUGUCUGAGCAGGCUUGUCACAGUGGCUGAGAGCUGGAGGAGUUGCACAAGGGAUGGGUGAGAGGUUCAAGCCCAAGUGCACCUGCACAAGUUCAGGCCUGUCCACACCAUCCCAAAAGGUCCUGCCAAUUCUCUGCUGGAAGCUGCAUCCAGCAUGGCCUGUGGGCUGCCUUGCUGCCCCUGCACAGCGAGGCCUCAUCUGUCAGCAGAUUAUCUGACCCUCUGGGGAUAAAACGUGAACGCCUGUGAAACACUAUCUUAGGCACUUGCUGCAUCACAACAGUCUUUUCUCYACAGGAUUCUUCAAAAACAGAUGAGUCAGAGAACUAGUAAUUAGCCUGCAGCAUUCAAAAUACUCCUGAAACAAUAUUCCUUCAUGAUGCUUCAUCAUGACUCAAAAAAUCAGUAGCAUUUUUUUGCAAGGGGCUGGAGUCUUCCCCUCCUCCCUCGAGUGUCCCAGCAUCUCCUGCUCAAAGGUGUGAUCCUGGGCAGAUAAGGUAAGAAAAAUACUGAUAUGAAAAGGCAUUAGUGUCUUUGAGGCCUAGGCACCAGUUUAACAGCCUAAAUCCUGGUAUUUACCUUAAGAUGGCAUUUGCUUUUGUGGGGAGUUGCAGGCAGUGCUGAGAUUGUUUGGGAGUGCCUGUGUUGAUUUAUUUGUUUUUUUUUUUUUUUUUUACUGGAUUAAACCCUUGAGGCAGCACUCUGCAUUAAGGCUGCAUUCCAGAUUAGGAAUCCCAUAGUAAUUUCUUAACAUAAAUGUUUUAACACUUGACCACUAGACUAAACAGAAUACGCUGCACUAAAAAGGAAAUGCUU